GCAGGAAGUGCGUGAAAUCUUGGCAUCCGAGGGGAUGAGGCCGUGGCUGUCUUUGGAGCAGUACCAUCCUGUCGGCCGCCUUGACCGCGACACGACAGGGCUCCUCCUGCUAAGCCGAGAUGGGAAGCUCACCUCGAAGCUGCUGAACCCAUCGAAGGAGGUGCCUCGCCGCUACGAGGCGGUGGUGGAUGGCGAUGUGACGAAAACGGCAAACGAGAAAGGUGCGUCCCUCGCCGACCUCCUUGAAGAUGGAGUUGUGACACAGGAAGGCAUCUUUCCGGGUACUCUGCUGUCCUCGGAGUUGCUCACAGACGAG